AUGGAUUGGGAUCAUCCCGUUCCUGACUAUCUUCGGACAAGAUGGGAAAUAUGGAGACAGGAGAUCCUGAAGCUAGAAACUGCAAAGAUUCCUCGCUGCUUCCAGCCCAAAGAUUUCGGAGAGGCUGAGGAAAUUACGAAAUCAAAGGGGACAAGUCCACUGCUCUCUUGCCAUGGCAAAGGCGAGAGUAGCACCGCUCAGCAGUCUACUACCGUCCCCAGACUGGAGCUUCAGGCAGCAACCUUAUCUGCCAAGGUUGCAAAAAUACUGAAUAAGGAGCUAGACUACAGCUCAGUCAAGAAUAUCUUCUGGACCGACUCCAAGGUUGUUCUGGGUUACCUGUACAACCAGUCUAAGCGCUUCCACAUGUUCGUUGCGAACAGAGUGGAUUGUAUUCUGAGAACCACAAGUUGUAGUCAGUGGAAUUAUGUUACUAGCGGUGAUAAUCCAGCUGACUACGCAUCACGUGGACUGACAACAGAGGAACUUCUUUCGUCAAACUGGUUAGGAGGACCAGACUUCCUUUGGGAAAGUGAAGUUGCUAAGCAAGAUGUCACACUAGAGGUUUCUCCUGACGACGUUGAAGUGAAGUCUUCGACAGUACAUACAGUAAUGUCAAAGACCAAGAUUUCAACCUUUACGUCAUUUGAAGAUAGGUUGAACCGCUUCGCCAUGUUGGACAGCGCUAUUAGAGCGGUAGCUGUACUAGUGAGGUGUUGUUACAGGCGCAAGGGACAUGACAUAGAUGAUGUUGAGAUCAAAAGAGUCGCUGAGAGAAAUCUCCUGCAUGCUGUCCAGAAAGAAGCCUUCUGUGAUGAAAGACAGCAAAUCAAAUCUGACAAACAUGCUGUGUCAAAAUCUAGCCGCCUGAGUCAAUUAGAUCCAUUUCUUGACAAACAAGACCUCCUACGGGUGGGAGGACGCAUGAAGAGGUCUGAAAUGGUGUAUGGAGUUAAGCACCCUAUUAUCCUUCCGAAGGGUAGUAGACUUUCCAUGCUUGUCGCACUUCACUAUCAUGCGAAGAUUUCUCACCAAGGUAGAAAUAUGACCAUCAACGCAAUCAGAUCAAGUGGAUACUGGAUCAUCGGUUGCAGAAGCAUUGUCUCAUCUCUGAUCGGCACAUGCACCCAUUGCAUUAGACUAAGAGGCAAGUUGGGUGGACAGAAGAUGGCUGACCUUCCAUGUGAACGACUUGAGCCAUCGCCCCCUUUCACUUAUUGCGGUCUGGACUGUUUUGGUCCAUUUGUAAUCAAAGAAGGGCGCAAAGAGCUCAAGCGCUAUGGCCUCAUCCUGACAUGCAUGGCAAUGAGAGCCAUUCAUGUGGAAGUAUUGGAUGACAUGUCAUCCGAUGCAUUCAUCAACGGACUGAGAUGUUUCAUUGCUAUUCGAGGAAACGUAAGGCGGAUUCAGUGUGACCAGGGCUCCAAUUUUGUUGGAGCCAAGCAUGAACUGAAACAAGCUCUCCGUGAGAUGGAUGCGGACCAUGUCGCCCGCAAUCUUCUGGAGCAGAACUGUGAGUUCAAAAUGAAUCCUCCUUCCUCUAGCCAUAUGGGAGGUGUAUGGGAGAGACAAAUCAGAAAUGUGCGCAAUGUUCUCAAUGGAUUAUUGGAACAGUGCGGAACGCAGUUGAAUGUCUCCUCUCUACGGACAUUUCUCUAUGAGGCCAUGGCUAUCGUAAACAGCCGUCCAUUGAGUGUGGAUGACCUGGAAAGUCCUGAUGGUCCUCUUCCGUUGACUCCCAAUCAUGUUCUGACCAUGAAAUCCGGUCUUAUACUGCCUCCACCUGGAAGCUUUGAAAGGGAGGACAUCUAUCUCCGCAAAAGAUGGCGUCGAGUCCAAUACUUGACACAGUUGUUCUGGACACGAUGGCAGAAGGAGUACCUGCACACGCUUCAACCAAGAAAACUUGGACUGAAAAGAAGACCAAUGUGCACGUAGACGACAUAGUACUCUUGAAAGAUGAAGCCAUUUGUCGGACAGAUUGGAGAGUUGCGAGAGUCAUGGAAACAAUGUCCAGUGAUGAUGGUCUAGUCCGGAAGGUGCGACUUCUCAUGGCGACCCCAGACUUGGACAAAAAAGGUAAGCCAGUAAAUAAGAGGACAACUCUUGAAAGGCCAGUACACAAACUGGUAGUUUUGAUCCGCAGCACCGACAAGGCGAUUGAAGACUAAGCUUGACUUUAAUAGCUGACAUUCACUUUUACCCAGACAAAUGGCUUUGACUAACCUGGACUUUCAUCCUGCCCUGACAUUCUAAGAAAUAUUUUCUCAAUUGGGGAAGACCAUUUGUAUUUAUAAAUUUUGCAAGUCGGUCAAUUCCUUGUUUUGUUUCAAAUAGAUAGUUUUGUUGUUUGAAAAAUCAGUUAGAUGAUUUGGGUGGGAGUGUGGCUGCCGCCAGAAUUUGUCAUUAGUAUUUUUAAUUUUUGUUCAUAGCACCACCUAUUUUACAUGUGCAUCGCCCUUUAAGUAAUUUCUCUUUGUUAUUUAAGAAAGAUUUACAGCGCAUGCCUAGCGCGGGUCAAUGUCAAUAAAAGGCCUACAAACACAUUUUUAGUACGCACGAGAAAAUAGUUCCAUACAUUCAAGCAUAAGAAAUAAGUUAUUAUCAUUAAUUAUGUACUGAAAUGUAAAGUAAUGUUCAUUGAAAUGCGAAUAACAUUAGUAAAUUCUGUCAAAACUAAAUCGUUGGUCGUUUUAAGUAAAUUCCAGUUGGACAAAUUAUUUGAUAUCCGUGUGCCGAUAAGUUCGGUGAACGCGUUGACCCUUGGCUUUUCUGAAUUACGACCUGGCCCAAGCAAUACGUGUUUUGUGGGGUCUUCAAAAAACGCCAAGUUUCAAGGUAUAUUUUGCUGCCCAAGGAUGGAAAAGUCCUGCCAACGAGUUUUCACGGCACUGUUCAUCACUGUUACUUUGUUUUGACAAUCGUUAAGUCAAAUAAAGACAUUCGUCACCAGAAAAUGAA